AUGGAGGCUAUUGCCCGAGUUUACGCGUCGCAGGAAGCAAAUCCACUGGAGACCUUCCAAGUUUACAUGGUUCUCGCAAUUGCUGCUUUAAAUCUGUCGCGCCAGUGCAAACUACACCUCCCUGUGGAGGGCUAUCAUGCGUCGGCUAUGAAACAUCUUGAUUACAUUUGCAAUCACGGUUCUGUGGCUUCCCUUCAGUGUCUCCUUCUCCUCAUGGUGUACGCAUUGUACAACCCUUCCUGCAAUGUCAACAUCUGGAACCUCAACUACCAGUGUCUUGCAAGUGUGAUUGACCUUGGGCUUCAGCGCGAUGUUCGCGCCUCCUCAUCUCCGCACAUCACAAUGUUUGAACAAGAAAUGAGAACUCGCAUAUUCUGGGUAGCAUACACUUUUGACCGAACAGUAUGCACCAUGAUGGGGCGGCCGAUUGGUAUCAGAGAUGAGGCCUGCGAUUUAAGGUUUCCGCUAUCAAUAUCAGAUUCUGAUCUGUCGUAUUCGAAAUUAGGGUCACAGACUUGCAACGAAACGCCUUCGCACAUGUCCUACUCAGUACACCUUUUUGGACUGGCCAAAUUGAAUUCGGAGAUCAAAUAUAUCAUGCAUAGCGUCAACCGCGAUGCCCCCGCAUAUGCGCUCCCAGCCGUAAGGGAUAUCUCCACUUGGCAACAGGACAUGAUCCAAUCCCUUGACGUCUGGCUUUCAGAGAUCCCGGUGCAAGUACCUGGAGUCCAUUCUGACUUGCUGCUGCUGUGUAAGGUCAGGUACCAUGAAAUGAUGAUACUGCUGCUACGACCUAGCCCGGGAAUUCCGAAUCCCCCGGACGAUAUUCUAAACAGUUGUUUCCAGCAUGGCCUUGUAUUACUCCAGGUGUUUGGCGACUUGUAUGCCAACGGCGAUCUCCUUUACAGCAGGCUGGUUGUGCAUUCAGUCUUCCUUGGUACUUUGGUUAUGCUUUACUGCAUUUGGAGGCUCCCAUGGACGGCUGCAAAGAUCCCUGUGGGCGACCUGAUUUCAAGGUUCAAUACCGCACAAAAUAUCCUCAGCAGUAUUGGAGAGCAUUGGUCCGAGGCGACGCGAUCUCGUGAUUGUAUCAAAGAGUUAUCUACUGUCACCAUUCAACGACUAUUAGGAACCCAUUCUACAAUUGCUGAUACAGCACAACCAAAUCAACCGGGCCCGGAAUAUCAACCGAGCGAAGGCCAAGCGCAACGGUAUCAAGUCGACAGAGGUCACGGCGAAGGAGUCCCCCGAGCACAUGCGAAUAGUGACGCAGAUCCGUGGUCUCUUGGAGAGACCCAAACGGCUUUUGACAUUUCCACCACUGAUUACUCGAAUUUGUUUGAUGAUUUCCUGCAGGGAGAUUUCCCGGGCUGGAGUGGUAUGUCUGAUAUUGAUGGGCUUAUGUGGGAAGUAUUCAAUACUUCCACGCACUGA